AUGAACCAAGAUUUUGAGCACCAAUUAUCUUUUCACAGUAAUAAUAAUAGUAAUAGUAAUCAUCAUCACAGUUAUAACAACAGUAUAAAUAGUGGUAGCAGUAGUAGCGGCAGUAAUAACAGUAGUAAUAACAAUAGUUUCAACGACGAGAUAGAGGGUGGUGAGAUACAAGAAGAACCAUAUAUCAGUAGUAGUAGUAUAAGAACAUCAGAACUUGACCAAAAGAUUCUAUUUCUUUCAAAGGAUAGAAAUUUAAGUAAAAGAACAGGAUCAGAGGAUCCUCAGUAUGGAUCUUUUUUCAAUACUUUAUCAGAGCCUUUAAUAUUAUCACAACAAUCACAUCAACAACAUAAAAAACAAAACCGAGAUCAACAUUCAUCAUCGUCAUCAUCAUCAUCUUCUUCAUCUUCUUCUUCAAGUCGUUCAAAGAGAUCAAAUCAACCACCACCUUUAGUUGGAAUUGCAGCUAUUAAUCAACAACAACAACAUUUACAAAAACAAAAACAACAAUUACAACAACAACAAAUUCAAAUUCAAUUACAAAAACAACAAUUACAACAACAAAUAGUUCAGCAUCAAACUGAAUUACAAAAUAAAUCAACACCUUCAAAAACCUCUUCAGCAUCUUCUCCACCUCAAAAUACUUUAUCAGCACCAGCACCACCAGCACCAGCACCAACAUCAGCACCAACAUCAGCACCAACAUCAUCAUCAGUAUCAUCAUUAACACAACCACAAAAACCAAAAUCUGUACAAUAUUCUCAACCAGCUCCUUUAGAAAUAAGAGAAGAAAAGGUUGACCCUAAUAUAAAAGAAGAGUUUGAAAACACAGAAAGCAAAAUAUCAUCGAUUAUUCAGUCUAUGAUUUGCCCAAUAAGUCCAUUACGCUCUCCAUUUAACGAAUCGAUAGUUUAUACCAAUAUUUCAUCAUCAUCAUCAGAUUUUGAUUAUAAUAAUAGUAAUAGUAAUAAUAGCAAUAAUAAUAACAAUAAUAAUAAUAGUAUCACUGAAAACAAUACAGACAAAAUGAUAAACAAUCAACCCUCAUCAACUAAUAGUAAAAAAUUAAAAACAAAUGAAAUAGAUUCAAAAGAUACAUCAAACAAUAACUUAAAUGGAGCAGAUUUUAAAAAAACUACAACCACCACCACCACAACUACUACAUCAUCAACAUCAGAGCCAAUUAAAUCACCAAAUAGUAGUAGCAGUACCAACUCAUCAGCAAGUACUACCCCAACUGUAAAGAAGGAAAAACUAAUUUUAAAAAUACCAAAGUUAGUUGUAAAAUCAGAUAGCGGCACCAAUAAAGAAAGCAAUAGUAGUAAUUCUUCUUCAACCACUUCAACACCAAAAUCAAAAGACUUGGAAGAAAAAAAGGAAAAAGAAAAAUCUGAAAAGGAAAAGGGAGAAAAACUAGAGAAAUCAGAGAAAUCAGACAAAUCAGAGAAAACAGAGAAAACAGAGAAAGCAGAGAAAACAGAGAAAUCAGAGAAAUCAGAGAAAUCAGAGAAAACAGAUCAACUUGAAAAAGCAGAGAAAUUAGAAAAAGAAGAAAAAACAGAAAAAAAAAAAACAGAAAAAGUUGAAAAAGCAGGAAAAGUAGAAAAGAAAGAAAAGCCUAAAGAUAAACAAACUAAACAAGAAAAAGAAAAAGAAAAGGAAAAAGAGAAAGAAACGGAAAAAGAAAAAGAAAAAAAAGAUAAAGUUUCAAGCAAAAAAGAUGAACUUCAACCAAUAGAAGAAGAUAAAAAAAAGAUUGGUGGUAAAAGAAAAUCAAUAAAUUCAUCAAAACCAGAAUUCAAAUCAGAUUCAAUCGAUAUGGAUAUUGACGAACCAAAUCCAAAAUCCUCUUCAAAUUAUAACGAUUCUGAUGAUGACUCCGAAAACGAAAUUGAUAAAUCCGAUAAAAGAUCACAAAAGAAAUCAAAAGUUGAAUCACCACCAAAAUCUUCAAAAUUAUCAAAUGGAAAAGAUAAAAAAUCAACCACCACCACCACAACAUCGACAUCUUCAUCAUCAUCAUUACCAUCAUUGUCAUCAUCUUCAUCAUCAUUACCAUUGCCAUCAUCAUCAUCAUCAUCAUCAUCAUCAUCAUCAUCAUCAUCAUCAUCAUCAUCAUCAUCAUCAUCAUCAUCAUCAUCAUCAACAACAUCGACUAAGAUUAAAAAAGAAGAACCACCACCUCCCCCUCCUCAACAACCUCCACCUCCACCACCUCAACAACCACCUCCACCGCCACCUCCAAUUAAUCCUUUCUCUGUUUCAGAGCACGAUAAGAAAAUAAUAGAAAAAGAAACUGGUAAAGAUUUAGGUUCAAGUAGAGAUAGAGAUAAUAGUAGUAGAACUACCAACGGCAGAGAUUCCGACAGAGAUAGAGAUAGUCGUGAAGGAAGUAGAGAUCGUGAUAGAGAUAGAGAUCGUGACAGAGAUCGUGAUAGAGAUAGAGACCGUGAUAGAGGUAGAGAUCGUGGUAAUGGUGAUAGAGGGGAAGGAGACAGAGAUCGUGACAGAAGUGGCCGUAGUGAUAGAGAUCGUGAUAGAGAUCGUGACAGAGAUAGAGAUCGUGAUAGAGAUAGAGAUCGUGGUAAUGAUAGAGAUAGGGAUAGAGAUAGAGACCGUGAUAGAGACCGUGGUAGGGAUCGUGGUAGUGAUAGAGAUAGAGAUAGAAAAGAUAGCAAUAGCAAUAAUAAUAGUAAUAACAAUAACAAUAAUAACAAUAACAAUAACAAUAAUAAUAAUAAUAAUAAUAAUAAUAAAAAAGACAACAACAAUAAUAAUAACAAUAACAAUAAUAAUAAUAAUAAAAGAGAUGGUAAUAAAGAUGGAUCAUCUAGUGAAUUAACACCAAAGAAAACUAAACAAGAGGAGAAAUUAAUUAGAUCACAAAUUGAUCAAAUUAAAGAGGAUGCAAAGGAUUUGAAAAAACUGGCAAAAGAAUUACAAAGUAAGAAUCAAAAUGAAUGUUUGGAGAUGUAUUUACAAGUUGGACUAAAGUACCUUUUAACCACACAUUAUAUGAUUGAAGUGAAUGACCCAUUACCAAACAUCAUUUCAUUUUUAUCCGAAAUUUCAUUGUUUUUUUCAAAUACUUCUCGUUUGGCACUUCAUUUCAAAGAUGAUCCAAAAGCUUCAUUAUGUUUUAAAUGUGAAUCAUUUUGUUGUAUUAAAAUGUUUUGUCUUAAAAAAGAUAAUUUAAAACACACUAGAAAAGAGGUUUCCAGUGUGUACUCAUCAUUUUUACCAAAUAGUUCUUCAUCAUCAAAAUCAUCAUCAUCAUCGUCAUCAUCAUCAAAUCAACCAGCAAAUCCAGCAACAGCCCCAUUAACACCAAAUCCUGGUAAUCCAAGUGAGUCACCAAGUCAAGCAUCAUCAUCAUCAAAUCCAACAUCAACAACCCCAUCAGCAACAACAACAACAACAACAACAGCAACAACAACCCCAUCAACUACUGCAACUACAACUACAACAAGUAAUAAUAAUCAACCAAAUACAUCUCAUGUAAAUACUAAAAUAGCACAAUACUUUAAAGAUACAGAAGAUAUUUUUAGAGGAAUGGAUGCUUGGGAAAAAUCAAUACUACACAGUAAUAUACCUGGUUUUCAUUUUAACUUUUUCUAUCAACCAUACCUUGAAUUUAUUGAUCAAGUAAAAAAAGAAUCUGAUAAACAGUCUUAA